CUCGUCCCAGAGCUUGUCAGGCAGUGCUGGAUGAAGCCAGACUCCUCCACCUUUUCACUCCUUCUUCUUGCUGGAGAUCUGCCUGCCUGCUGCAUACCUGGAGAGGAAACAUCAUCUCUGGCCAAAAGGAAAAGUCUUUAAGGAAAAGGAGCUUUAAAAUGGGUCCGUUGAGUUCUAAAAACCCCAAAGCCAAGCAAGCCCAUAUUCUUCUUCUGGGACUUGACUCUGCUGGGAAGUCUACUCUCCUUUAUAAAUUAAAGCUUGCUAAGGAUAUUGUGACCAUCCCAACAAUCGGUUUCAAUGUGGAGAUGAUUGAGCUGGGAAAGGGUAUUUCACUCACCGUCUGGGAUGUUGGAGGACAGGAGAAAAUGAGAACCUUGUGGGGCUGUUACUGUGAGCAUACCGAUGGGCUGGUGUAUGUUGUGGAUAGUACUGACAAACAGCGACUGGAAGACUCCAGGAGAGAAUUCGAGCACAUUUUGAAGAAUGAACACAUAGAAAAUGUGCCUGUGGUCCUAUUAGCCAACAAACAGGAUGUGCCUGGAGCUCUGACUGCCGAGGACAUCACUAGAAUUUUCAAAGUGAAGAAGCUCUGCUGUAACCGGAACUGGUAUGUGCAGCCCUGCUGUGCCAUCACUGGGGACGGACUGACUGAGGGGUUCAGGAAAUUAACCGAAUUUGUGAAAAGCCACAUGAAAACUAGAGGAGACACGUUAGCAUUCUUCAAGCAGAAGUGAGGUCCAAGCAGUGAAAGAGACAUUGAUGAAAAUGAAAGAGUAAUUUUCCCCCCACACCAAAUGAGAAAAGCAAGUUACCGAGGUGGCAAACUUUUCAUGAGACAUUAUCUCACCUAAUUAAGUUAAACAACUCAGAAUAAUAUCUGUAAAAUAUUAUUUUUGGCCAGGCACGUUAGCUAACUGUGUGGUAAUGAUAAUUGAGAAUGAAAAAUUUACUAUUUUGUGCUUGUUAGAUGGUUCAGAAUAAUUAUAUUUGGGAUCAAAUAAAUUAUUGCUUUAUUAUUUUUAUAUGACUACUAGAACAAAUUUUAAGUAAACUGUCUGCUAAUAGAGUCAGAAUUCUUUCAGAUUGUUUUCAGCUGUUACAGGUAUUAAAUUUCCACCACACUCCUAUGUAAUAUCUGGAUAGUAUAAAAAAUGAACUUUAAAUUAUAGAGAGGAAAAACUUUGAUGUUACCAUUUUGUAAAUCCCUAUCUACCCCCUAUAUAAAGAUUUUCUUCUGGA